CCUCGCCCGCGGCGACGACGGCUUCCGGUCCCCGGCUCCGCGCCUCUCACGGGACGCGGCGACCUCGGGCGCCGGGCCGCGUCGGCCGGGCAUGGCGGCGUGGAGCCCGGCCGUGGUGGCGCCGCUGCUCCGCGGGAUACGCGGGCUUCCUCUUCACUGUGCCCGGCGGAUGUUUGCCUCGCAAACUGAGGGGGAGCUCAAAGUGACCCAAAUACUCAAAGAAAAGUUUCCUGGAGCUACAGCUAUCAAAGUCACUGACAUUUCAGGAGGCUGUGGGGCGAUGUAUGAAAUCCGGAUCGAGUCAGAAGAAUUUAAGGAGAAGAGAAUUGUCCAGCAGCACCAGAUGGUAAAUCAGGCGCUGAAAGAAGAGAUCAAAGGGAUGCACGGAUUGCGGAUAUUUACCUCCGUCCCCAAACACUGACCAUGCCCGGGCCGCGUAGAUGCUGCUGCUCAAUGCCUUGGAUGAACUUGGCUGACACCAUCCUUUCCUAGGCAUUUGCCAAAAAGUUAUCUAUUUUGUUCAUAGACAUUUCUGUUUUAUAAUCAUAGAAGAAUAUGUUCUCUAUUUAGAGUUUAAUUAAAGGCAACAGACAACCGAAA